CUCCCAGACCCCGUUGAAAGCGGUCCGCUGAGGCCCAACCCAUCUUCCCAUUAUCUCCGCUCCCCUUUCAUUCCUCGUUCCCCCAUCUGCCCCCAAACCCUUGCUAAACAUCCUCAAAGUGUCGGAGAAUCUAAACAGAGGAAGCAAAAUGGCUGCUGCUGAGCUCUCCAUCGUAAAACCCAUCAAUCCCACGACCAAAUUCGGCAGACCCACCUCCAAAUUUGACACCUUGAGGCCACACUCUCCCUUCUACUUCAGAGUCUUAGCCACGUCUCAGCCUACCACCACCACCACCACUACAAAGCCAAGGCCAAAGAAAUCUGGGAAGACUGCAAUCAAGGAGACGCUCCUCACACCGAGAUUUUACACCACAGACUUUGAUGAGAUGGAGCGGCUGUUCAACGCUGAGAUCAACAAGAACCUGAACCAGUCGGAGUUCGAGGCGCUGCUGAAUGAGUUCAAGACUGACUACAAUCAGACGCAUUUUGUUCGAAACCCAGAAUUCAAAGAAGCUGCUGAUAAGAUUGAAGGGCCUCUCAGGCAGAUCUUUGUGGAGUUCUUGGAGCGCUCCUGCACCGCUGAAUUCUCCGGGUUUCUGCUUUACAAGGAGCUCGGGCGAAGGCUUAAGAAAACCAAUCCUGUGGUGGCUGAAAUCUUUUCCCUCAUGUCUAGGGAUGAAGCCAGGCAUGCCGGGUUUCUGAACAAGGGCCUCUCUGACUUCAACCUGGCAUUGGAUUUGGGCUUCCUGACAAAGGCUAGGAAGUACACAUUUUUCAAGCCAAAGUUUAUCUUCUAUGCUACAUAUUUAUCCGAAAAGAUUGGAUACUGGAGGUAUAUUACCAUAUACAGGCAUCUGAAGGCGAAUCCUCAGUUUCAAGUAUAUCCGAUCUUCAAGUACUUUGAGAAUUGGUGUCAGGAUGAGAACAGGCAUGGUGAUUUCUUCUCUGCCUUAAUGAAAGCCCAACCACAAUUCCUCAAUGACUGGAAGGCCAAGUUGUGGGCUCGGUUCUUCUGCCUCUCGGUCUAUGUGACAAUGUACUUAAAUGACUGCCAACGUACUGCAUUUUAUGAGGGCAUUGGUCUCAACACCAAAGAAUUCGACAUGCAUGUGAUCAUUGAGUUUUCUUUUCUAGACCAACCGAACAACAGCAAGGAUUUUCCCGGCUGUUUUGGAUGUAGAGAACCCUGAAUUUAGAAGGAAGUUGGAUAGAAUGGUUGAGAUCAACCAGAAGCUGAUUGCCACCGGGGAAAGCCAGGACAUGCCUCUUGUGAAGAACUUGAAGAGGAUUCCUCUCAUUGCAGCUUUAGUGUCCGAGCUACUGGCUGCCUAUCUCAUGCCUCCUAUUGACUCUGGAUCUGUUGAGUUUGCUGAUUUCGAGCCACAGCUUGUCUACUGAUUUUGUAGAAGACCUAUCUGUGGUUGCAUAGUUUGAUGAAGUAUUCCUACCGAAGUAUCCUUGUAUGAAAUGGAGGCAGCAAUUAACAUGAUGAGUUUGCUUUGCUACUUAUCAUAAAGUGCAAUUGAUUUCAUUUUAUACUGCAAUAUAAAUCCAUUACUACA